ACCCGCGACCGGCCCCGCCAUGGCCCCCCGGCCCCUGCUGCUGCUGCUGCUGCUGCUGCUCCUCGGGGGCCCCGCCGCGCGCCCCGCGCCCCCCCGGGCCCCGCGACACUCGGACGGGACGUUCACCAGCGAGCUCAGUCGCCUGCGGGAGGGUGCCCGGCUUCAGCGGCUGCUGCAGGGCCUGGUGGGGAAGCGCAGCGAGCAGGAGGCGGAGAACAGCACAGCCUGGUCCGUGCUCGGAGCCGGCCUGCUCUGCCUGUCUGGGUCGGACACGCCCAACCUACAGGCCUGGAUGCCCCUGAGGGCCCCCUUGGACAAGGCCUGGUCUCCCUGGCUGCCCGCUGGGCCCGGGCCUGGGGUUAUGGUUUCAGAACAAGCCGGUGUCGCUGCUACAGAAGGAACCCCGAGGCCCAGAUGAGGAAGGAACCCCCUCGCCACCUGCCAGGCCUAGAGCGGAGCUGCACUUGUGUUGGGGGGCGGGUUGGGGAAAGGGGGAGUGGCGGUACUUGGCACCAAUAAAAGAGGAAUCAGACCCAGAC